AUGUAUUUCCCAGGAAAAGUUGUACAGUUCCUCCAGUUCUGCGGCAUCAUUGCCGUGGAGGUGGUCCCCAUCGCGGAGGACUGGCCGGGUUAUGUAUACAAUAUCUCGGCCAUCGAGAAGGCGGCCAAGAACUUUGUCAUCGAGGAUAACCCCCUCGAUGCCAUCGUCACCCGCGGGAACUGGGUGAGCCCCGAGUAUAAAAACCUCUACUCGGUUGCCCUGCCGAUCCCACCUGUUCUGGAGCCUAAGCGAACCCUCACCAACCCGACCACCGGCAGGCCAAUGCACUAUUAUGAGGUCGAGAUCCGACCCUUCAUGCAGCAGAUUUAUCCCGACCUGGGUGCGACCCGGCUUGUCGGAUACAAUGGCAUGUCUCCCGGGCCGACCGUCAUUGUGCCGCGCGACACCGAGACCGUCAUGCGCUUCGCCAACAAUGCCGACCAGGAGAACGCUGUCCACCUCCACGGAUCGUACUCGCGUGCUCCCUGGGAUGGUUGGGCAGAGGAUUUGACCUUCCCCGGCCAGUACAAGGACUACUACUACCCCAACACACAGACAGCUCGCACCUUGUGGUACCACGAUCAUGCCAUGCACAAGACUGCUGAGAACGCCUACUUUGGUCAAGCGGGUUUCUAUAUGAUCACUGACCCAGCAGAGGAUGCGCUCAACCUCCCAAGCGGGUACGGCAAGUUUGACAUCCCCCUGAUGCUCAACUCCAAGCAGUACAACAGCAACGGCACUCUCUACUCGCCCAGAAACGAGAGGGACAGCCUGUGGGGUGACGUGAUCCACGUCAACGGGCAGCCCUGGCCAUUCUUCGACGUGCAGCCCAGGAAGUACCGCCUGCGAUUUUUGAACGCGGCCGUGUCGAGGAACUUUGCCUUGUACUUUACCAAGACCAACGAUUUGAACGCAAGGCUCGACUUUCAGGUCAUUGCCAGUGACAGUGGACUGUUUACCGAGCCGGUCACCACAAACAAGAUUUAUGUCUCAUCGGGAGAGCGCUACGAGGUUGUGGUUGACUUUGCUCAAUAUGCUGGACAGUCGAUCGAAAUCCGCAACAUCCCAGACGUCGACAACCUCGGCACGGACAGGAACUACGAGAAGACGGGACAGGUCAUGAAGAUCAACGUAGCCGAAGCCAGCACGCUCGCUGAGCCCGACACAUCCGUCGUCCCCUCGCGCCUCCGCGCCGUCAACUUCCCCUCGGGCGGCAACGGCAUCGACCACAGCUUCCGGUUCCACCGCAGCCGGUCCGAGUGGCUGAUCAACGGCGUGGGAUUCUCCGACGUCAACAACCGCGUGCUGGCCAACGUCCCGCGCGGCACCGUCGAGAUCUGGGAGCUCGAAAACGUCUCUGGCGCCUGGACGCACCCUAUCCACAUGCACCUUGUCGAUUUCAGGAUCAUCAGCCGGCAGGGCGGAGCGCGCAACGGCGUCGUGGAGCCGUACGAGUCCAAGGGCCUCAAGGACGUGGUGUGGCUGGCCAGGAACGAAAAGGUGCUGGUCGAGGCGCACUACGCGCCCUGGGACGGCGUCUACAUGUUCCACUGCCACAACCUGAUCCACGAGGACAACGACAUGAUGGCCGUCUUCAACGUCACGUCGCUGCCCGACUUUGGCUACGGCGACAGCGCCCGCUUCGUCGACCCCAUGCAGCCCGAGUUCAGGGCCAAGUCCUACAGCGCCGACGAGAUGAGCGCCCGCGCUGGCAGCUUCACGCCCCAGGCCAUCGACAACCAGCUGCGGUCCCUGGCCGAGGCCAACCCCUACCCGGACCCCGAGGGCGUCAAGGCCGCGCUCCAGCAGUACUGGGCCACCAAGACCGCCGAGUCAACGCCCGCGCCGACGCCCAUCUCGCGCGUCAGGCGGCUCCGCGUCUGA